GCACCACAACGGCACGUGUUGGUAUUUUUUAAGCCAUUUCGUCCGACCGUGGCAGCCACACUAAUUUGGCUCUGCUUUGCGUUUCCACUUCCGUUUUCUUUUCUUUUCGUGUUUCUACGCCAGCAAGAUGAAAAUUGGCUUGUGCGCAUUCAGCGGGUACAAAAUCUACCCCGGUCAUGGCAAGACCAUGGUCAAGAUCGAUGGCAAGUCCUUCACCUUCCUGGACAAGAAGUGCGAGCGCUCCUACCUGAUGAAGCGCAAUCCCCGCAAGGUUACGUGGACCGUGCUGUACCGCCGGAAGCACCGCAAGGGAAUCGAGGAGGAGGCCUCCAAGAAGCGCACUCGCCGCACCCAGAAGUUCCAGCGCGCCAUCGUCGGCGCCUCGCUGGCCGAGAUCCUGGCCAAGCGCAACAUGAAGCCGGAGGUGCGCAAGGCGCAGCGCGACCAGGCCAUCAAGGUGGCCAAGGAGCAGAAGCGUGCCGUCAAGGCCGCCAAGAAGGCUGCUGCCCCCGCUCCCGCGAAGAAGUCCGCUCCCAAGCAGAAGGCCGCCAAGGUCACGCAGAAGGCUGCUCCCCGCGUCGGAGGCAAGCGGUAAACACCUUUCGCCGGUAGUGAUGUGCUAAAGUUAGUCCAGGAUUUAAGGAACCACUCGUGAAUUGAAAAUUAAACAAACGCCGCGAAUGCGAAUUCGUGGUGACCAAAAAAACCUGUCGCGUGUUUUUAAUCAAGCUUGGCUUGCGGUGUGGAAACUACACAAGAAAAGAAUAUUGUGUACGUCAUGAAUCAAUAAUUUAACUUUAUCCAUCAGUUUUGACCAGAUGUCGGAUUUUUAAAUUGUCAUAUUUAUUAAACGGCAAAUAUAUACCUUCAUAUCAUAGCUGAGAUUAAA